GAUUCUCAUCCUGUUUUAUACGAAGCUCCUCGAAUGGAAGACCUUGCCUGCUCUAUGGGCUGAAAGCUCCUUUUACUGGUAUGCAGCUACGCUUGUUAUAUCGCAGAUAGCAGAGGCCCUCCGCUGGCAUCGGAUCACACAUGGCCGGCAUAGAGGCACAGCUCUCCAGGAGGCACUACUCGCAGCAUGCGGUGGAUUCAAGAACUUCGCAUCCUUCACAAUCAAGGCAACGAUUCAUGGCGGCUACGCAUACCACCGCGACCAGCCUUAUUGGCAGGUUGAGGAGAUGUGAAAUAUCCAAAUAUCUUGCUAAACCCCGAAGUGAGGCCACGUCACGUUGUGAAGUCUGCCCGUUCCUUCCUCAACGGCAGGAGAAGGUGCAACAGCAGGUGCGCAACCACGCGACCCGGAAUUUCAUCAACGCUCUGACGACUCUUCCAAUUCUCACGCUUCCAGUGCAACAACAAGUCCGCCAUUAUGGCCUCUCUUUGCAGCGCCUCGCCUGCCUGCCUUGGCGGAGCGGACGCCGACACUGCCAUACAUUGUGGCAGUCACACCUACAAUGUGCAUCGCGCCGUGGUCUGCGCCCGCUCGCCAGUAAUGGCAGCCGAGUAUGAGUGCGGCUCUCAGGUUCGUCCUCACAAUUGAAAUUGCUGCUCAGAAUAUCUACUAAAGCCAUGUAGGACU